AAAAUAAUCAUAUUUAUUCUAAUACGAAACAAAAUAUUUCAGAAGCUUUUGAGGAAUUGAAAAAAUAUAAAUUUUUGCCGCAAAAUUUUCAAAUGCGUAAACCUAUAACAACUCCUGUUAAAAUGGUUAAUAAUAAAAUUGGAAGUUCAGAUGAAAAGACGUUUGUGGAUUUUAAUGUUUCUUCAAAUCGUUGUGGAACGCAUUUAUUCUAUGAAAAACUUCCAUCUCUUUAUGCUAUCGGGAAUACUUUUGGAUUAAAUUUAUUAAAAGAUUUCAAUUUCAAUAAUCUUUUGACUCAAUCCGAUCAUUCUCAAAUAUCACCAUCAUCUAAAGAGAUAUCUAUCUUUUUAGGUGGAAUUGGAGAUAUUCGCAAUUUAACUGAAACCGUUCAUGGGUUUAUGAAAUCAUUAGAACAUCUUACCCUUGGUAAAAAUAAUAGAAUAGAUUUACUCUUCGUAAUCAAUGAUUUCAAUCCUACUGUAAUAGCUCGUGAUUUAGUACUUUUAGAAAUGAUUUAUAGAUUACCUGAUCCUUAUUUUAAUUCCAAUUCCAAUUCCAAUUAUUUUACUUCCAUUACUUCCGAAUUAUCUCAAUCUUCAAAAAUUUAUAGUAAAUGGAACAAAUAUUUUGUUAAUGGUGUUACUCAUAUUUUAUCAGUUUGGGCUGAAAAGAUUAUACCUAGCGAUACUUAUCAAAGAUUAAUUA